AUGUCAAAUAUGAAUGUUUUCAAAUGUUUCGAAAUCGAUUUGGAUGCGGGUAGCAAUCCGAUAUUCCACGGUGGAGAGUUGAUAACAGGCACACUCAAAGUUGAACUGCAACGACCGAUGACCAUUCAAGUGAUCAAGUUGCAAUUCAAGGGACGUGCUGCAAUCAGAAACAGCGAUUCAACAAAGGGAGGAGAAGUUGAAAAAGUAUAUUUCGAUAGAGAUUUCAUUCUGCUUGAAAGGCCUCCGGGUCGGCCUGAACCUGGCCAUUUCCCGUGGAUCGCUGACUUCAAUUACAGUCUGCCGUUCGAAUGUCCGCUACCGUUGGGCUGUCCUACAUCAUAUGAAGGAUCGCAAGCAUUUAUUCGUUACCAUGUUCGCGCAACACUCAUUGAGGAUGAUGGAACAGAAUCGAAUGAAUAUAUGAUCAAAAAACCUUUAAUGGUUGUUGCACCAGUUGAUCCAUUACCUGAAAUCGCCUCACAUCCGGUCAAUGCCUCAGAAAGUAUCAAAUUUGGUGGUUGCUGUUGCCGUGGCAAACUGUCAGCUGAAGCAGAACUACCAAAAUCAACCUAUCUUCCGGGUGAAAGCGUUAUUGGUAAAUUAAAAAUUAACAAUCGACAUCCGAGACACAUCGUUGAUCAGAUUGAGGUGCGACUGGUCGAUCGUGCAACACGGAUGGAUUCAUCAUCGAACGACAAAUUGACAUUGAAUCGUACAUUAUUACUUAAUAAACUCGAUAAUUCAAGCAUUGUCAAAGCAAAAUCAUCGAUGCAAAAGGAUGAUAUUUUAUUCUUAACGAUUCCACCAGUUGUACCGUCCACUCCAGGUGCAGCUGCGAAUGCAUUCAGUUCUGACGUAUAUUCGAUGUCUCCAGAUGAAAAAGCGCCAAGUCUUAUCCAGAAAUUGAUGGAAAACCCUGGAACGGCAACGUUAAGAUUCAGGAAACAACCGUUCCUCAAAAUUGCUUAUGCAAUUCAGAUUUCGUUAGGUUCUCAGCUUCUGCUUGAAUUGCCGAUCAUGAUAAAUGCAUUACCAAUUGAAAGCGAUAAUGUCAAGUAUGCAGCAUUCGCAGGCGGUGAAGUAUCCGUUAUUGAAAGUGAUGAAGCGAACAAGAAUCGAUUGGGCGACGGUUUCGUAUUCCUUCCGCGAUAUCAAACCCUCAACGUUCCUCAGCAACUAACCACUUCUAAUGGACCAUCCGCUGAAAAUGGUGCUCCCAAAUAA